AUGGCGUGUAAGUCAUCAAGGUCAAGGAAGACGGCCUUGGGAGAGAAUGUGUUAAAUGCCGAGGAACAAACCUUGGCUCUGAGGAAAGAAGGGAUAGGUGUUGUGUUAGAUUCUGAACUGCCUCAUCUCAUUGGUAUCGAUGAUGAUCUUCUCAGCACUGGUAUCAUCUUGUACCACUUGAAGGAGGGCCAAACACAUGUUGGAAGAGAAGAUGCUAUGACAGAACAGGAUAUUGUUCUUCAUGGCCUUGAUUUGGAAAGUGAACAUUGCAUCUUUGAAAAUCUCAGUGGUACUGUGAAUCUAAUACCACUGAAUGGAGCGCAGUGUUCUGUGAAUGGUAUCCAGAUUACAGAGGCCACACACUUAAACCAAGGUGCUGUUAUAUUACUUGGAAGAACCAAUAUGUUUCGCUUUAACCACCCCAAAGAAGCUGCUAAGCUAAGGGAAAAAAGAAAGAGUGGACUGCUCUCUUCCUUCAGCUUGUCUAUGACAGAUCUUUCAAAAUCUUGUGAGAACCUGUCAGCAGUUAUGCUGUAUAAUCCAGGUCUUUUCCCUGUAAAAGGACCGAUCUGUCUAAGGCUAGAAUUUGAGAGACAACAACGAGAGGAGCUUGAAAAAUUAGAAAGUAAAAGGAAACAAAUAGAAGAGAUGGAAGAAAAACAAAGAUCUGACAAAGCAGAACUUGUAAGAAUGCAGCAAGAAGUAGAGUCACAGCGCAAAGAGACAGAAAUAGUACAACUGCAAAUUCGAAAACAGGAAGAGAGUCUGAAACGGAGAAGUGUUCACAUUGAGAGCAGGUUAAAGGAUUUGCUGGCUGAAAAGGAAAAAUUUGAAGAAGAGAGAUUACGGGAACAACAGGAGAUAGAGCUUCAAAAGAAAAAGCAGCAAGAAGAAAUUUUUGCCCGGGUCAAAGAGGAGUUGCAGCGACUACAAGAACUUAAUCAUAAUGAAAAAGCAGAGAAAAUGCAGAUUUUCCGUGAACUAGAAAAACUUAAAAAGGAAAAAGAUGAACAGUAUAUUAAGCUGGAAUCAGAAAAAAAGAGACUUGAGGAACAAGAAAGGGAGCAGGUGAUGCUGGUAGCUCAUCUAGAAGAACAGCUUCGAGAGAAGCAGGUCAUGAUAGAGCUCCUGAAGAGAGGAGAUGUACAAAGAGUUGAGGAAGAGAAAAGAGAUCUUGAAGAUAUUAGAGAAACUCUUUUGAAAGUUAAGGAAGCCCGAUCUGAAGGUGAUGAAAAUCAUGAAGAGUUAGAAAAAGCACAGCAUGAUUUCAUAGAGUUUAAAAGGAAACAGCUGGAACAGUUGACUAUUUUGGAAAAAGAUCUAGUUGAACAAAUGGAUCACCUAGAAAAGGAAAUAGCAGAUGAGAAAGGAACUCUGGAACACUUAAAAUUUGCACAUGAAGAAUACUUAAAUCUCAAGAGAAAUGAUGAAAACUUUGUGGAUGCCGUACUCAAGGCUGAAGAAGUUGACAAGAUAAAGCCAGUGGAGUACAGGCUCCAAUCUAAAGUACGCCAACUUGAGUACCUGAGGAAUAAUCAUUUGCCAGCUCUGCUGGAAGAAAAACAGCGAGCUUCUGAACUCCUUGAUAGGGGCUUGUUGGGGUUAGAUAAUACUCUCUAUCAAAUAGAGAAAGAAAUUGAAGAAAAAGAAGAGCAGCUUGCCCAGUAUAGAGCUAGCACAAAUCAGCUGCAGCAGCUUCGAGAAACAUUUGAAUUCACAGCCAAUGUAGCUCGUCAAGAAGAAAAAGUUAGGAAAAAGGAAAAAGAAAUCCUUGAAUCAAGGGAAAAACAGCAGAGAGAGGCACUGGAGCAAGCUGUUGCGAAGUUAGAAAGGAGGCACUCUGCUCUGCAACGUCGUUCGACGAUAGACUUUGAAAUUGAAGAGCAGAAGCAGAAGCUUGCCACCUUGAACAACAGCUGCAGCGAACAGGCAGGUCUACAGGCUAGUCUGGAAGCUGAGCAAAAAGCCCUUGAACAAGACCGAGAACGCCUGGACCAGGAAAUUCAGCAGCUGAAGCAAAAAAUAUACGAGGGUGAUGGUGGUCAGAAAGGAAAUCAUGGAACAUUAGAAGAGAGGCUCUCCCAUACUACUUCCCCUGCCAGUCCAACAAAGCCACAGCCACCUGCUGCUCCGCUAGUUGAUGAUAGGAUAAAUGCCUUUAUUGAACAAGAAGUGCAGAGAAGGCUCCAGAAUAUUCAUCAUAAAGCUGAGGAUAAUGAUGUUAGCCUGUCCUGGUCUACAGAAAGUUUAAAGGAUAAUGAGAGGCUUAAUAAUGGCACUGUUCAACGCAAGCUGAAGUAUGAGCGGAUGGUCUGUCGUUCUCUGGGAGCAAAUCCAGACAACCUAAAGGACCCAAUUAAAAUUAGUAUUCCACGCUAUGUCCUGUGUGGGCAGGGAAAGGAUGAACACUAUGAGUUUGAAAUAAAGAUAACAGUCCUGGAUGAGACAUGGACAGUAUUCAGGCGGUACAGUCGUUUUCGGGAAAUGCAUAAAACUUUAAAACUGAAGUACCCGGAG